CCUGGGUGCUCGCGCUCAAACCGUGCAGAGACAGAGACGCGAUUUUACAAGCGCUCCGAGUCGCUUUACUACCAACAACCAGCCGUAACCUGGGGGAAAAGUUUAUAGGCGCUGAUCAAAACAUCCUCCGUGCAAGAAAGGACGGAUUCAAGGACACCAAGAAAGCCAUGGAAAGUUAACAUUUGGGGGAUUUUCUGUUACGAUCCCAAAAACCGAGUUUAUAAUGGGCUUUAGAGCAAUUUGGUGAUCGCAAGAGUGACUUUUAAAGGACAAAAACGUGCACGUUGUUCUUUUUUUUGGUUUGUUUGCUUUUAAGAUAUUUUUUGCGGACUUGCUGAUAUUGAUGGUUCUACCAUGCUCGCCUGGACACUCAGAGUGAGUUGGUGUUGAAGAAAAACCCGACGUAAGCGAAGAGCAACAGCUGGAAAGGAUUUUCUCCUGAGCAAUUGGGUGAAAUUUGGUGGUGGACUAAACGGGCCUGUUUUUUUUUUUUUUUUUUACCAACAUAUCGUCUUCAACUUUUCUUCAAUUUGUCCAGUAACAUCGGCUUUCCCCAAAAUGCCGCUGCGUGCGGAACGUGUAUUUUUUUUCCUCGCGACAUUGUGUGUUUUGUUCUGCACCCCGAGCAGCGGUCAGUACCAUGGCGAGAAGGGCAUCUCGAUUCCGGAGCACGGAUUCUGCCAACCCAUCUCUAUUCCUCUGUGCACGGACAUUGAGUACAAUCAGACCAUCAUGCCUAACCUUCUGGGUCACACCAACCAGGAGGACGCCGGACUUGAGGUGCACCAGUUCUACCCUCUGGUAAAAGUGCAGUGCUCGGCUGACCUCAAGUUCUUCCUGUGCUCAAUGUACGCGCCCGUGUGCACAGUCCUGGAGCAGGCCAUCCCACCGUGUCGCUCUCUGUGCGAGCGGGCCAGACAGGGCUGUGAGGCGUUGAUGAACAAGUUCGGCUUCCAGUGGCCCGAGCGCUUGCGCUGCGAGAACUUCCCAGUUCAUGGCGCGGGUGAGAUCUGCGUGGGGCAGAACACAUCCGAGACAGGAGGUCCGACAUCCGACCCGACACCGUUCGUGCCAGACCUGAUCACACUGCCGCCCAAUUCGGGUAGAAACCAUCAGCAGUUCACUUGCCCCCUGCAGCUCAAAGUGCCCUCGUACCUCAACUACUACUUCAUGGGUGAGAAGGACUGCGGCGCGCCGUGUGAGCCUGCCAAGCCUAACGGCCUCAUGUACUUUCGUGAAGAAGAGGUGAAGUUUGGACGCCUCUGGGUGGGCAUCUGGUCCAUUCUGUGCUGCUUGAGCACCCUCUUCACUGUGCUCACUUAUUUGGUGGACAUGAGGCGAUUCCGCUACCCGGAGAGACCCAUCAUCUUCCUGUCUGGCUGCUAUUUCAUGGUGGCCGUGGCCUACGCGGCGGGCUUCUUCCUUGAGGACAAGGUGGUUUGCAUUGAUAAAUUCAACGAGGAUGGUUACAAGACGGUGGCGCAGGGCACAAAGAAGGAAGGCUGCACCAUCCUCUUUAUGAUCCUUUACUUCUUCGGCAUGGCGAGCUCCAUCUGGUGGGUCAUCCUGUCCCUCACGUGGUUCCUCUCAGCGGGUAUGAAGUGGGGCCACGAGGCCAUUGAAGCCAACUCGCAAUACUUCCACCUGGCCGCCUGGGCCGUUCCUGCGGUCAAGACCAUCACUAUCCUGGCCAUGGGUCAGGUGGACGGAGACAUGCUGACCGGGGUGUGCUAUGUGGGCAUAUACAGCGUAGCGUCUCUGCGGGGCUUCGUCUUGGCGCCGCUGUUCGUUUACCUCUUCAUCGGCACGUCGUUUCUUCUGGCAGGCUUCGUAUCGCUCUUCCGCAUUCGCACCAUCAUGAAGCACGACGGCACGAAGACAGAGAAGCUGGAGAAGCUCAUGGUGCGCAUCGGGGUGUUCAGCGUGCUCUACACCGUGCCCGCUACAAUCGUGAUCGCCUGCUACUUCUACGAGCAGGCUUUCCGCGAGCACUGGGAGAAGACGUGGCACAUGCAGACGUGCAAGCGCUUCGCUGUGCCCUGCCCGGCCAGCAACUUCGCGCCCAUGUCGCCCGACUUCACCGUGUUCAUGAUCAAGUACCUGAUGACCAUGAUCGUGGGCAUCACAUCUGGCUUCUGGAUCUGGUCCGGCAAAACGCUGCAGUCGUGGCGCAGGUUUUACAAAAGACUCAGUAACAGUAACCAGGGCGAGACGACCGUAUGAAAACGGGACACGACCCUGAGAGUUAACACACAAGACUGAAAAAAUUGAGGAAAUUGGUUUGCCGAGCCUGGACGACACUUUUUUAUAUUUUAAAAUUUCUUUGAGACAUUUUUCAUUAACAAACCCAAACACAGAACGUUAUAAAUAGACACACUUUGCACCGAGUCCGCUUUGUCUUUAGAGAAACGAUAUACUGUGGACGAAACGUGCCAACAUGUUUUCCCAAAAUGUAUGGCUCACUUGCCUUUGUUUUUUUCCCAUGUGAAUGAAAAAUGUUGAUUCUUUGCCUCUAUGUAACAGUAUAUUUUACACAUGUGAUCUCUGCACAUUUAAGGCCUACAUUUCACGCGCUGUAAUCGGCAUAGUACAUGUAGAGCUCAUUACUGUGGAAAGGUGAUUAUUAUUAUUUUUUUACCCACGAAAAUUGACAGUGUUUGGCUUUAAAGAUGUAUCCUCUCUCGUCUUCUAUGGACUUGUAUGACUUUCAGAGCCACCCGCUGACAAUCAUGCAUGGUUCAAGUGGCACAGAAGCGCGCUGGGUUUGGGGAUGGAGAGCUACAUGCAUGUGUCCAGCAGGGAAAUUAUGCAAGCUCCUUUUAAACUGCGUAACUUGUAAAUAAUCACCCUUUCUUAAAGAAUAUAUGUAUUUAUGAAGAUAAUCUUGUUGCUGUUUUUUUACUUGAUUUUUUAAAAAACGGAAUUGGUAAGAGGACAUUUGUAUAUGUACAGUUGCACCGAAUAAAAAUGAUUAGAUUUUUAAUUA